AUGGCUUCCCGCGUCUUGUUCAACUCGCAAUUGGCUACUGCCGCUAAGCGCGCUGGUGUCCGUUUCCAGACCACUUCUGCUGUCUCGGGUGCCGAAUUCGCUGCCCAGCGUGAAGCCGUCAAGUCCCAUGCCGGUCCCGCCGCCGAGACUUGGAAGAAGAUUAGCAUCUUUGUCUGCAUUCCUGCUCUCAUUGCUGUCAGCAUUAACUCUUACAACCUUAUGCUUGCCCAUGAAGAGCACAUGGAACACCACCCUCGCAAGUUCGUCAAGUACCCUUACAUGAACACCCGCACUAAGGACUUUUUCUGGGGCCGCGAAUCCUUGUUCUUCAACCCCAACGUCAACUUCUCUGCUGACGAAGAGUAA